CAAGGCUUGGCAUCAGUUGCAUUCCAAGCAUUGUCAAAGCAAGACGCAAGAUGAAAACCUCUAUGCUUAUUAGAUCUUCCGCACUUCUUGGCACAUUCUUGUCAUCAGCAGGACGUACCAUGCAUUUGGACAUGUAUGAGGUUGGUUGUGAUGUGUGGCAGUUAAGUAAGGAGAUGGGUGCCACCAUAGGGCAUGAGCUGCUGUCGCUCGGUGAGAGAGUCAACAGCUUUGCCACAACCACUUCUGCUGCUGCUCUGUCUUUCUUCUCGGCAACAGAUCUGCUCUUCUUUCUGGCCUUUCUGCUCUUAGUUACUUCUGUUGUUGGUUCUGUUCAGUUUGUUCGACAGUUCAACACUGCAAUGAAAGACCUAAAAAGCAAAAUGGCGGGUCUAGUAGAAGAAAAUAUUCAUAUGAGGCUGGUUUUGAAUGCUUUGCUGAACGAUGCCGACGAGGCAGAGAAGGCAUUAGCAAUGAAAUUGAAUGCUUUAGACCAGGAGCAGAAAAGCUUAGCCAAGUGGUUGAAUUUUCACACAGAGAUGUUCAGCAUCAGACUGGACUACAUAAGCCACGGCACGGAGAGACAUGCUAACAUGAGUCGCAGAGACAGGAGAUGAAUCUGAUUUUCUUUAUAAGCUCACUGAGCAGUUAAAAUUAUGUUUUAAUAAAAUAUUGUUGUUGAAUGAAA